AUGGGCAUUGACAGGCAUCACUGAUGGGCACUGAAAGGCAGCAUGAUACAUGGCACUGAUAGGCUGGCACUGACUUUGGCACACUGAAGGGGCGGACUGACAACUCAUGGGGCCCCCGGGCAAUAGGGGAUCAUGGGGCCCCUGUAUCCUUGCCCAAACUCAAAAAAGCCUAUGGAAAAGGUACCAGGGGCAUCUCAUGGGGCCCCCUACUGACCCCGGGCCCUCAGGCAGUGCCUGAGUUUCUAUGUGGUCAGUCCGCCCCUG